AUGCAUCUUCACAGCUGCCAAUAUCUUGUCCUAUUUUGUAUCAUAUCAAUCCUACAACCUUCGACUGGAUUGUCUUCGAAUUGCCGAUGCAUGCCCGGUGAUACAUGUUGGCCGUCCUCAGACGACUGGUCGCGCUUCAACACAUCCAUUGGCGGACGAUUAGUGAACACGCAACCACUAGGACAGCCUUGUCAUGACCCCUUCUAUAUCGCCAAUGAGUGUCGCUCCCUGAGACAGCAGUGGACCAAGCCAGAGCUCCACGAUUUAUCCUCCUCUUCCAUCAUGGCAGCCGCCGUGGCCAAUGAAACCUGCGAUGCCUUUACCCCCCGAUCGAAGCCCUGCACGCUGGGUGCGAUGGUGUUGUAUGCUGUCAAUGCUAGCUCCCCAGACGACUUCAUACAGACCAUUCGAUUUUCCCAGGAAAGAAACAUUCGUCUCGUCAUUCGCAACACAGGCCAUGAUUAUUUAGGGAAGUCGACUGGUGCAGGCGCACUAUCCAUCUGGACCCAUUAUCUCAAGGACAUUGAUUUCCUGAACUAUACCAACGCACACUAUACCGGGCCAGCGGUGCGGAUGACUGCGGGCGUUCAAGGCACGGACAUCAACAAGGCUGCCUAUCUAAAAGGGCUGGUGAUAGUAGCCGGGGAAUGUUCCACUGUAGGCCCAGCUGGGGGGUUCACGCAAGGAGGGGGCCACUCGGCCCUGAGCUCUCAGUUCGGUCUUAGUGCCGACCAAGUCUUGGAAUGGGAGGUUGUCGAUGGAAUGGGCCGAUUUCUGACCGCAUCGCCUACCCAGAACCCAGAUCUGUACUGGGCGCUUAGCGGAGGUGGCGGAGGGACAUAUGGGGUCGUGUAUUCCAUGACCGUCAAGGCGUUUCCCGACUUCCCCGUCACAGGCGUCGUUAUCCAAUUUGAGAACAAGAACCCCUCGUCGCACAGUUUCUUUGAAGCUGUAGGACACUACCAUCGCCACCUACCCACAUACACCGCAUCUGGUGGGAUGGCGAUUGCACAAAUUACACACUCGUCGUUUCUGCUCACCCCGCUGACACUCCCUGCGUAUACCGCAGUAGAGGCCAAGAGACUGUUGGCGCCCUUUCUGCAAGACCUGCACAAACUGAACAUUUCCUAUACCAUGAACAUCACCGAGUCACCAUCAUAUUUCCAGCAUUAUACAAAACUGAUCGAGCCCGAUCCGACGCAACUAGUGCAAAACGCGCAAUAUGGCGGCCGUCUUCUUCCGCUCGACCUCAUUCAGCACAAUAACUGGCAACUCACGGAUGCCAUACAGAGAAUCACUGCGGAUGGUGUCACGUUCGUGGGUAUCGGUCUGAAUGUCUCGUCAUCUGUGACUGGCAAUGUCUGGAAUUCAGUUCUACCUGCGUGGCGCACAGCAGCAAUGACCGUCAUCUUAUCUACACUGGCCCACCGGUGCGAAUCUCACCAAGAUGAAAACCUUGGCGGACCGGAUGACAACCAAAUGGGUGCCGAUCCUCACGGCCUUGAGUCCAGAUUCGGGGCGGAUCCCCAGCAGCCGGAUUGGAAGCAGACCUUUUACGGUCACAACUAUAAUUCGCUGUACGCGAUCAAGAAAAAAUAUGAUCCGUUCCAAACUUUCUAUGCGCCGACGGCUAUUGGCAGUGAGAACUGGCAAGUCGAGGCUGGUGGUCGUCUGUGUCAGGUCACCAGGCUGGAUUGA